CGGUAAUUUUACUUCCGAAUAUUAAAUAACGUGGUAACAGCAAUGUGUGUGACAGCCGGCAAGUAAGGUUAUGUGCUCCUGUUGAUGUGCGAAAAAGUUGCCCCCUUUUCCUUGCACGAUGGAGGACUUUACGUGCCCGCGAUGCAAGACCUCAAAGUUCCAAAACCCAUCACUCAAAAUGAUGGUAAACGUGUGCGGCCACGGGCUGUGCGAAAGCUGCGUGGACUUGCUGUUCCUCAAAGGCUCCGGGAGCUGUCCCGAGUGCCGCAUUCCACUCCGGCGCAACAACUUCCGCGUCCAGUUAUUCGAGGAUGCCUCAGUUGAAAAAGAGGUGGAUAUUCGCAAACGCGUCUUGCGCGAUUUCAACAAAAAAGAGGAGGAUUUUAAUUCGCUGGCUGAGUUCAACGAUUAUUUGGAGGAAGUCGAGACGAUCAUUUACAACCUGACGAAUAACAUCGACGUGGUUAACACGAACAAAAAGAUUGAGCAAUACAAACGCGACAAUCGCGAACAAAUAAUGAAAAAUAAAGGCAAACUGGGGAGAGAAGAGUACGAGCUGGAGGAACUCUUAGAGUUGGAGAAACAGCAGCAAGAGAUGCGUAAGCAGGAGAUAAUUAUUGAGGAAACUGAAAGUAAGAAGAAGAAGAUUCGGGAGAAGGAAGCGCUAAUUGAUGAGUUGAUGUUUUCGAGUGAAAAUGCUAAAAACAUUGUCGAAACGUUUGCCCAACAAGCCAAGGAGGCCAAAGAGGAGGAGGCUAAGGCGGCGCCUGCCAAAAAGACGCACUUUUCAACAGGGAUUCAAAUUGGGCGGCAGACACAAAGCUCAUUUUUGCCUGUUCCCAUCGAAGAGGGCCCCUUAUUUGUUUAUAAACCUUUGGUUUUGCAAACCGAUGGCCCCAAAUUGCCAACAGAUGAAGAAAUCGCCAGUAUGGGGUACACGAACCAUGUACGGGCAGAAAACGAGCAAGAGAGAGCUGGCGGUUUCAGGUCCAAUAUUGCGUGUGUUAGGGCUCUGCAAGAUGCCUUCUCGGGGCUGUAUCAUGUAAGGAAAGCGCCGGUGCAUUAAUUUAUUGACGUGUUGGAGAAUAAAGAUAUUUUUUGUACAUUAAAACAUUUAUUUUGUUAAAAUAGAACACACAAAUCUAAAAUUUAUAACUAGAAAGUGUGCCCGCGAUAAAUAGCACCGUUGAUUACAUCUAAUUGUACUUGCGAUAAACCUGUUAAACUAAGCAAUCAAUAAGGGGGCUAUUUUGGUAAGUUUGAAAUAAACCAAACGUUUGUUUAGUGUAAAAAUAUGAGUCAAGUCUAUUACCGCCUAACUAAAUAUCAUUAGUAACUCGCUUAUUAGAUGUAAUUGACACUCUGUUAAAUCAAUUCUGCCUAUUAAAACAUCAAAUGGCAGUGUUCAUGGGAAUUACAUAAUGUAAAUAUCAUCUCACGUGAUGUACUGAAAAUUAUUUCGGUUGAAAUAAUUUUAUCGAGAUCUCUAAAUGAACAAUCAGGCAAUCUUAUUUGUCUCAAAGAAUCCAUAAAACUAUUCUAGCUACUAGUAGCCUAGAAAAAUAUAAUUUAUAUAAAAAUAAAAUUGGUGUUUUUCACUCUCUAUUUGGUAGACAAUAACUUAUAUACAAAAAAAGCUUGAGUCAUAUUCAUAUAAGUCUGCCUCUCUUUAUAGCUACAUAUUAUAUACAAUAUUUAUAGAGCUUGACGGCUAAAAUCAGACAAACAAGGGGUCAACGAAAAUUCAAUACGCACUAAGGGUGUGGUCACUGGAGUUUUGAUUAGUGUAAAAAGGAUUUUGAUUGGGAAACUUCACUGGGAAAACGCCAAAUGUCCCCCUGUUUAUCUGUAGAAGAACACAAGACCGUGCAGAUAUGUCCUAACAGCGUAAUUACGUUUAAAUAUCAUAAAACCUUAGUGAUGUGUACAUAAAAAUAAGCGUCUAGCGUGCGCGUUCACAGCAUGCAGCAUUUUUUCUUGUUCCUUUUCAUGUAGCCGGUCUUUAGAGGCGGUCUUUCCGAUAACUGGAAUUUUCGCACAACGCGGACCAGUUCGUAGAAGGCAUUAUCCACAUUCAUCCUCAUUUUGGCACUGCAUUCAAUGUACGGGAUUUUUAAUUGUCUGGCCAGCUGCUGCGCCUCCUCUUGCCAAACGACUCGCUGGUGCUCCAGAUCCACCUAAACGGAACUGUUUACAAAGGACGGAAAAUAGAUUAGGGUCAAGGAAUUACCUUGUUUCCCACCAUCAGCAUGGGGAACUCGUCGCGGUCCUUCACUCUAAGGAUCUGUUUGUGGAAUUUGUACACUUCCUCGAAGCUGGACCUUUCUGUUACUGAAAAGACGAGCAAGAAGCCUUCACCCGAUCUCAUGUAUUGUUCCCGCAUGGCGCUGAAUUCCUCCUGACCGGCGGUGUCCAAAACUGCAAUUUUGGCGGGUUAGCCUUGGGCUAUUUUGGGGCUUGGGAGUAAACAUUGGGGCGCUACUUACUGUCUAGUUUUGCGGGGAUAUCGUCGAUGACACAUUGUUUGGUGUAAGAGUCCUCAAUGGUGGGGUCGUAGUCGGUAACGAAGUAGCUCUGGAAUUUCGUUUUGAAACUUGUCACAAAAGUGUAGGAUAAAUUACAAGGUUAAACACACUUCACUCCAUAUAAAGGAAAAUGUAAUUAGGGACAAUAACACCUGACGAUUUUCAUACGCUAGAUUAAUGAAACCAGCCCUUUUCAACAACGGAAAACAUGCAAAAUUGACGGUGUUUGCAUAAUUACCUGGAUAAAUUGCAAAGUUAUUGCGGACUUUCCGACACCACCUCCACCCACAAUAACCAAUUUGUACGUCUGAUAACUGUUGGGCCUGUCCGUUACCUUAGACAUUUUAAUUUCCUUUUUCAAAUUAAAACUAAUUUACGACGACUUUACUCAACUAC